UUCUGAUCAUCUCUGCAUAAACACAAAGCAUUCUCUCUCUUCUUACCUCUUUAGUUUUUGGCCUGUUCCUUCCAAAUUUCUUUUUAGUUCUAAUUACAUUUCCUAGGGAUUCUUAUGGCUACUGCAGAGGUUGUAUCAGUUCAAACUGCACUUCCUGAGGAGAAAACUGAAGAAUCAAUUACGGUUCAAGAAGCUAAAGAAGAAGAGGUAGUCGCUGUAGUUCCUGCAACAGAACCAGUUGCUGAAGAGCCAAAGGAAGCAGAGCCUGCAGCAGCAUCUGAAGAACCCGUGGCUCCAGAACCCGAAGCCUCAGUUGAAGUUGAAGCAAAGGAGACGGUCGAAGAGGUCAAGGUUGUCACCGAGGAGCCAGAAGUUGAGAAAAAAGAAGAGGUGACUCCUAAGGAAACAGUACCAGAGCCAGAGGUCGAGGACAGCAAAGAGACCACUGAGGAAACUGUUGAAGAAACCAAAGAAACUACAGAGUCUAGUGAGGCAGCAGCAGAUCAAGCAGAACCAGAAGCAGAAGCCCCAAUUGAAGCACCCAAAGAGGAAGUUACUAAGGAAGAAGAAAAACCAGCUGAAGCUGAGGAGAAGGUUGAAACAGAAGCUCCAGCUGAGAAGACUGAGUAAUAAGCUUGUGAGAUGCGGAUCAAUGGAAGUCUGUCUAGUGGCUAUUGUUUGCUAAGUUUGCAUGUCAAGUCAAUUAGUUUCUAUGUAUUUCAAUAAGGAUGUCGUAAGAUGGAUGAGGCCUGGGGCCAAGGAAUGGAAAUGACCCACCAAUGAUAACUUGCCAAGUGGCUUAAUUAACAUACAUUGGCAUAUAUGGCAGAGAGUUAGAGAUGCUUCAAGUUGCAUUGGGGGGAUUUUUAUGGUCAUCUGUUCUCUGUUAAGGGAUAGUUCUUGGUCUCAAGCAGGUUGCUUAAAUUUAUUAAUUUGCUUGUGUGUUUGUUAGAAGUAUGCAUGUUGUCUUUAUCGUAAUAAUAAAUCACAGUCCUUUUGUUUUAACAUUUGUCCUCUGUCCAAUUUCUUCCAAUUACUGAUUUUGAUAUAUAAAAAUAUUUUCACAUGAUA